AUGCAGAUGAAACAUUUGGAUAGAAUUUUAAAGACUUCCUUUGAAGUGCCUAUUUGCAAUUAUUACGCGUGCCGUUACGGUGCUGAAGCAAAAAUUAUAAGACGAGUUGGUCGAUAUAAGAAAUUAAGCGAUGAAUUAAAAGAAGCUGGUUGUCCGCUUUUUAACGGUCGAAAUUGUGAAUGGUUAACUGCUAAACUUAGAAGAAAAGCUGCUAAGCUUGAUAAUCAACUCGACAAAAUGAUAUCGUUCACAUCGACUGAAAUGUCCGAAAUUCAGCGAGAUGAACUACGUUUAUAUAUCGCACAAGGCGAUACAUGGCCGUGUUUUAUUGAAAAAAUGAAACUUUAUGAUUAUUCAUUAAAAUGCAAUGUUGUAUGGCCAACAGAUGCUAUAGCUUAUCGAAUUUUUGCUCAAAUUUCAAAACAAAAGAGAAAAAUUUAUGGUAUGUCACUAUGUGCGCAAUGUUUCGAAGCUGGAAAUCACGAAGGUCAUGAUUUUAGUCGCUUUUUUUCACAAGCUGGUGGCGCUUGUGAUUGUGGAAAUAUGGAUGUUCUUUCUCAAGCUGGCAUAUAUGCAAAUAAACGAGAUAAAAAUACUUUUAGUUUUUGUAACCGACAUGGUCCCGGCUCUGUUCAACCACAGGUGCCUCCUACAAAUUUGGUUUCUUUAGCGGAGUUCAUUAUUCCAAAGUUGUUCGUUCGCUUAUUUCUCGUUUUCCGUGGAUGGAGGCGAAAUUAUCAGUUAAUGAUUCAAAAUCGAACACGUGGCGUGGGUGCUUCCAAAGAAUCUUUCUGUAAUAGUUUGAUCGAAAAAACAACUCGUAUCGUCCAUCUAAUACAAGAUAUGAUUGAUAGUGGCGCUCCAUUACGCGAUGCAGUUGCUGAUAUUCUACUUGAUAUUCAAUUAUACACAUAUCUGAGUGAAAGAAACGUAGAAGAUGAUUUAAGAGACAUUUAUAACUCUUGUUUGAAAUUUAAUUUAUGUGAUGAUUACACAAAUUUAAUUCAUAAAGACGGUCGAGUCGAUUUUUCAUUAGAUUGGCGAUCACGUGGCCUUCUUAUGGAAGAUUUUGAGAGUUUGGAGUUAUCGAAAAAUGGUGAAAUUACAAAAUUCUCUUUUGAAUGUUUGUUGGAUGAACUUAUUUUUUGGACUGUGCGCUUGUUUUUCCCUCAGCAUAUUAUUAAUAUGAGUCUUUGCUUGCUAUCGCACAUUGCCUAUAGGCUUUUUUUAAAGGAUAAUCAUUCCGACAAUCAAUUUGUUGCAUCGAAUUUUCAAGCUUUUAUUUUAUAUUAUUUCUCUUUAAUUCAAUAUUUACUUCAGAAUCGCUACGGGUGUCAAUUUUUUGCGAUAUAUCCUGGUAUACCAGGAAUAAUGCACGAUCUUUGUCGUUCAGAAAAGCCUCCUAUUCUGCAUGCUAUUUCUAGUCGAGUUAUUCAUAUAUCUGUGCAGAUUUUAUCUGGUGAUGCUUUAUGCCUUGCGAUUGAUCAAAAAAUCAAUGUAAAACGCAUUCUGCUAGAAAGUGUAUGGAAUCUUCUCAAAUGUGGUACCACUUACUCUUUGGUAACUCAAGCCCCAGAAUAUUUCGAUUUGAAUGUUCCACCUUUAUCACCCAAUGAAGCUAUAUUCUGUUGGCAAAUUUAUUCAUUGGAAACAAAUCAGUCGAUACAGAAGCAUGCUUAUUGGUCCACUGUUAGUGAUAUGCAAAAUCUAUUCACCCAUCCAAAGAUCGUCGAACGUUUUCUCGAUGAUGAUUCUUGCCUAGAAAUUUACGCAAGGCUCGUGUCUUAUUUACAAGGUCUAAAUCUUAAUUAUCGAGUUGUAAGUGGCGAUCAUGUGGAAUAUGAUAUAGCAAAGCCAUAUCGAGUAGUUAAAGAAAUUAAGCUUUCAUUUAUGCUGGAAUGGGAAAUUUCUGCUGUUAUGAUGUUUAGCUGCGUAAAAUCAUUCACAGCUCAAACCGGUCAUUCAUAUUUGAAAAAUUAUGAAUGGUUGCAAGCGAUUGGGAUGCUAAGUGAACAAUUUAAAACUCCUCCAUUCCAGCUUACCUAUCAUAUACCACUUCACCGUCAUUUUUCGGCUGUUGUAAAUCGAUGUAUUGAUAUACCUGAAUUGAAUUAUAUCGCAUAUGAAGCAAGUGCUGAUGAAGAAUUUUUGAGCAAAAUCCUUUUACAUCCUCUUAAAAUUCAGGUCGGUCGCGCUGAAACUUCAGCUGGAAUGUGGGCAAGAAAUGGCAAUUCUGCUCGCAAUCAAUCUUAUAUCUAUGCUCAAGCUCAUUAUUGUAGUGCUUUUUUGGAUUGCGAUAUUUCGUUAAUCAAGUUUAUUGCAUCAAGAAUCAAUCCAGAAAUAUUUUUCCAGUCGCUGACUUCAUCAUUUCAUCUUAUCGAAUGUUUAGCAUAUUUAUUUUUCGAGAAAAGCGAUAAAGCUUUGGUUAUAUCUAGAUUGGAAUGGAUUACUCCUAUUAUCGAUGGUGCUCUUAGAUUAUUAUUAGAAAUCGUCGUUAUUCAAUGGAGUCUUGAUAUUGGCGAUAAAUUCUCGAUUCAGAAUGAAAUAGUAGCUGCAUUAGCAAUUAGUGAUACUACUUAUUCUAAAUUGCGCUCAAUUAUUCCGGAACAUGGUGGUCGUUCGUCCAUAACUCCUGAAAUUUUUGAUGAAGUUCUUGAUAAGGUGGCUAGCUACAUUCAACCUGAUCUUGGCGCUCAUAAUCAGCAGGGUGUCUAUCGAUUGCAACCUGAAUCAUGGGUGCAUUUUUUCAAUCCUGUAUUUUGUCGUAUGCGAGCUAGUGCUGCGCGAGAUUAUAAUGAUGCCAUACUAAGAGCUGAAGAAGCCAAUUAUUUUAAAAAAGGGAGCAAAGCAUAUUCCAGUGAGCGUGCAAUUCUCAGUCGAUCUUCAGAAUUGCGUGUUAAUGAUCAUAUUUGGAUCCCCUAUCAGCUUCCGGGGAACAAUGAUAGUUGUAAACAGCAGCCAUUUUUGUCAGGCAUUAAAAAUUUGUUGAUUACUCCAACGUUCUUUGCUUUGAUGCAUGAGAUUCUUCUUUUGACUAUAAAAUAUGAAAAACUGAAUGAUGCACCGCUUCAAGAAUUUAUUAUCAGUGACGAAUUUCAUGGAAGUAAUCAUUCUAAUAUUAUUAGAAAUAAUCAAUAUGCGUCAAUCUCCUCUUUAUAUUGCGGCUAUCACGAAAGAGCGAAUAGUGAAACAAUUGAGAUGGAUGAUCGAACGAGAAAAUUUUCGUUCGUCGUACCUCCAACUCAGUCUUUAAUAACUACAUUACUUGCUCACAUGGAAAGAGCAAUUGGAGCGAAAGCGGAAGAUCGUGAUACAGCUCUUGCUCAGACUCUCAAAAAACAAUUGGGGAAGGAUCCCAGUAAACUAAAUAGGAUUUCUGGUUAUGCUGUGGAUUACAUUGGUCGAUUAUUUUGCUUGCUAUAUCAUAAUUGCAAGGCUAUUCGUGAUUUUUUUGAUGAUUUGAUGAAUAAAAGUAUAUGUGAUAUUCAAAAUGAAGAAAAUUCAUCAGGAAGAUCUGAUUUAUGCAUGAAUUCAAAAGAUGAGAAAAGGCAAAAAGCCAAACGACGUCAAGAAGCGCUGUUGGCUGCUCAAAAGAGGAAAAACGCUCAGUUGAUAAAAAAAAUGAUGGAAUCUGAAGGACUUGAUGAAUCUCAAAUGGAAGCGAUGGAUACAACCCAUGGACCUUCAGAUAUAGAUGAAGAGUAUACUUGCACAAUAUGUAAUGAUUGCACAUCUCUUGAUUGGACCAAACCUAUUGGACUUCUUGUAAAUCUCAACUUUAAUUACGCUACUGAACAAUCUUUACCAGCGGAUGAGCCACAUCUUACCUUAAUUGAAGCACAUCAAAAAAUGGAUGGUUGUCGAAUGAAUUUAAAAGCCCUUCAGUCUUUGAAGCAUGAACUUCUUAGUUCGGUAGCAGAUGAGAAAGGUUUAAGUGAUAUUUAUGAUUUAGCAGGGUUGCAAGUUCGUUCUUGUGGACAUUUUGCGCAUUUGAGUACAUAUUUAGAAGAUCUAUGA